UCCCAUCCCCUUGCUUGCAGAUAAGGUGACACCCUGGACAUGGCCUCAGACAUCCACAUGCCAGGCCCGGUGUGCCUCAUUGAGAACACUAACACUCAACUAGUGGUUAAUCCAGAAGCUUUGAAGAUCUUGUCUGCCAUUACACAGCCUGUUGUGGUGGUGGCCAUUGUGGGUCUCUACCGCACAGGCAAAUCCUACCUGAUGAACAAGCUGGCUGGGCAGCAAAAAGGCUUUUCUAUGGGCUCCACAGUUCAGUCUCACACCAAAGGCAUCUGGAUGUGGUGUGUGCCUCACCCUAAGAAACCAAACUACACCCUAGUUCUGCUUGACACUGAGGGGCUGGGAGAUGUAGAGAAGGGUGACAACCAAAAUGACUCCUGGAUCUUUGCCCUGGCAAUACUGCUGAGCAGCACCUUUGUGUACAAUAGCAUGGGGACCAUAAACCAGCAGGCCAUGGACCAACUGCACUAUGUGACAGAGCUAACAGAUAAAAUAAGAGCGAAAUCUUCACCUGAUGCACAUGAGGUUGAAGAUUCAGCUGACUUUGUGAGCUUCUUUCCAGCUUUUGUGUGGACACUGAGGGAUUUUUCCCUAGAAUUGGAAGCAGAUGGGCAACCCAUCUCAGCAGACGAGUACCUGCAGAUUUCACUCAAACUCAGAAAAGGUACCAGUCCUAAAGAUAAAAAUUUUAACCAGCCCCGACUUUGUAUCCGAAAGUUCUUCCCAAAGAAGAAAUGCUUUAUCUUUCAUCAGCCCACUCAUUGGAAGAAGCUACGCCAACUUGAGACAAUGCAUGAUGAUGAACUGGACCCCGAAUUCGUGAAAGAAACUGCUGACUUCUGUUCCUACAUCUUUAGCAAGUCCAAAGUCAAAACUCUUUCAGGAGGCAUCCAAGUCAAUGGACCCCGGCUGGAGACUCUGGUCCUGACCUAUGUCAAUGACAUAAGCAGUGGGGACCUGCCCUGCAUGGAGAACGCAGUCCUGGCUUUGGCAAAAAUAGAGAACUUGUUGGAGGAUAAUUUUUUGUGA